GCUUAGUAUGCCUUGUUUUCAUAACAGGCGGCGAAGCUUUUGGAGCUCUGAAGAUUUCUGAAAGCCCUGUGCUGCAAGAUGUCUGUCGAGCUAGACUUCUUCCUCGACAGCACUAAGAAGUGGAUGUGCCACUUCGACGACGACAACUACGUCAACGUUCCGCGGCUGGUGAAGCUGCUGCAAGAGUACGACCCCCGCGAGGACUGGUACCUGGGCAAGCCGUCCAUUCGGCAGCCGCUGGAGAUUCUCGCCAGGGACAACAGCAAGCCGCAGAGGAAGAUCUCUUUCUGGUUUGCCACGGGCGGUGCGGGCUUCUGCAUCAGCCGCUCGCUUGCGCUCAAGAUGCUGCCGCUCGCCGGGCGUGGGAAAUUCAUCAGCAUCGGGGAACACAUCCGGUUGCCCGAUGACGUCACCAUGGGCUACAUUGUGGAGCACCUUCUGAAGAAGAACCUGACCGUGGUCGAGAACUUCCAUUCGCACCUCGAACCCAUGAAGUUCCUCAAGAAGGAGGCCCUCAGCGACCAGGUCAGUGAACGCUAA